ACAAGCAUAGUACGUGCAUCUCUCCAAGCUUAGCAAAAGUGGUGCUCUGUCUGUCUCCCUGAACUGGGUUUCUCUGUAGGCGGUACAUUCCUUGGGAGGGAGGGUGCAUGUGUGUGGGGGGGGGGAGCCAUCCCACACUCAAGUGAGUUCUUAUUUAAUGGGGGUCUCCAUGCAGGACAGCAAGCAGAAGAGAUUUUCCUCCUCCCAGAUUCUAUUCCAAGGGAGAGGUGCACAAGCCAGUCACAGGGAUGCAACACAGUGCUGAAAUACCCCUGGAGGAAGCAGUUCAUAUGACCAAUCAAGAAUCCGGAAUGGGAGUCAGGGAGGAUCUGAAGAACAUACGCUGUGCUGUCAUUUUUUGCUUGCUCUCUGUCCUAGCCCUGGCAUUGCCCACAGCCUAUCUACUGGUUGGAAAUCUCAAAGCCUACAAAUCUGGCCCAGCUCAGGUUGCAGAUGAAAGCGUGUCUAGAUUCCUAAAGCUACAGACAUCACCUAUUUCUUUAGUAUCCAGUGCAGAAAAGCCAAGAGCACACCUGACAGUUAAGAAACAAGAUCUUUCACCCCCCAUGGGAAACCAGUUUCCAGUUCUCCAGUGGGAACACGAGCGAGGCUUAGCCUUCACCAAGAACAAUAUGAACUAUACCAAUAAGUCACUGGUGAUUCCAAAGGCCGGGGAUUACUACAUCUACUCUCAGGUCACUUUCCGAGGGUCCACUCCAAAUCACAGUAAACCAGGUUCCAUAACGCAGAUCAUCACCAAAGUCACGGACAGCUACCCUGAGCCUACCCAACUACUGACUGCCACCAAGACUCUGUGUGAGAUGGGAAACAACUGGUUCCAGCCGAUUUACUUAGGGGCAGUGCUUUUCAUGGAGGAAGGGGACAGGCUGAUGGUCAAUGUCAGUGAUAUCCAAUGGGUGGAUUACACUAAAGAACACAAAACAUACUUCGGUGCUUUUUUACUGUAGGUUCUGACAGCAACCAAUAAGGGCUGCUCCUAAUUAGGGUCCUGAAGCAAAUGCAUCACUAAAGUCACACAGGAGUUUUGCUAAUGAUUUUAGUGAGUGCAGGAUCAAGAUGUCCUAGUUCCAAGCAUCUGUGCUCUCAAAAGCAGUUUCCUUACCUGGAUUCUCCUUCACCUGUGUGGCUGUGGUGCCCAUCAUUAUUCUUGGGGGAAGGAAAGUUGAAUUAAAUGGCCCAUCACAAUAUUAUACCAAAUAGAUCACACCACAUCAAACCACAGAAAAACAUAGGGAGGCAGAGGAGAGAAAAAUACAUUUCCAUGCUAAAGCUAGGAACCUCUUGCAUGCCUACAAGUGGUGCAUAGAUAGUUUAUAGGUGACCGGGAACAAUAAUCUCAAACACAUCAACUAAGCCUAUAUUCCACCUCCAAUAAGCAACCCCCUUUGCCUUAAACAACCACUUUAAACUAUCCCCAAGUUUCCAGUGUAAUUUUGUUUGACCUUUCUUCAGAUCACCUCUCUCAACAGGCAAUUCAUUCUUGGCACACCCUUAAAAAUAGAGUUGCUCAGUACUUUGUACUAAUAUAGAAAUUUAAAUCUUCAAGGCACUAUGUAAAUCAUUAAUUGUUCAAUUAAUCCCUCACAACUGCCCUGGGAAGUAGAUUAAAAUGACUUCUUGCAGUUUGCAAAACAAGCCAAUAGACAAAAACAUUACUGAUUUUUUUUCUCCCAAGAAAUUUUGCAGGAAAUGGUGGCCUAUGUUGUUCUGGAUCCAUUUGCUGCCCAGAAAUGGCUCUUUUCAUAGCAUUCCUAAUGGAUUGUACCUUUUUACACUGAAAAACACAAAAAAUGUUAAUGUUUCAGUGUAAAAAUUCAUCUCACUAUGAAAAAAGUCCUAAUAUUAAAACAGGUUGAAAAACUGGAUCAGGAGGAGAAAUCAGGGGGCGGGGGGAGGGGGGGAAAUAAGAUUUUUAUUGCAAUUUUGAGCAAUAAUUUCAAAUUUUGAAAACUUUCAACCUGCUGUACAGCAGGUAACUGUAGUCACUCAGAAUUGGGACCAUUUUGAAAAUGUGUUAUGUUUCUUCAAAACUAAUGUUUUGUUUUGGUUUUGUAGCUUUUUGAGGAAAGAAACCACAAAAUUUCAGAAAUUUCCAUAAAUUGAAAACAAAAUACCUUUCUCUGCCCCCCCAUCCCCCAGUUCCAAGAUGGCCAUGACUCUGCUAUACCCAGAUGCUCACUCCUGCAGUGAUUUCUGAAAUGAAAGGCUGCUGUAACUUUUUCUAGGCACUAGGCUGGCUCGCACCUCGUGGUUCCUCUACACAGAGAGCUGGGUUAAUGUCAAGGCAACAGUGGGAGUAGGAGCUGUAGCCAGGAGCAGAACUCAGGAACUUUCCACUUCUAGUCUCUUGCUCAGUCUUCUAGAUCAUACUCUCUCAGGGAAAUUCCCUGGCUUUCCCUCCACUCCCAUGAUAAACAAUUCACUGAUGACUAUUCAAAUCAGGUUCUAAUAGACUCAAGCUUUAUAUUCUCAAGUACCCCUAAGCCUCAAGCUCAGUCAUGUAAAGAACCCAAAUAAUUAAUUUUGCAGCUAGACACACUCUCUCUCUCUCUCACUGGAACUUCCUCGACUUUCAACAUGUCUUUCCAGGUGAUCAGUGAAAGUGAGACUGCAUUAUAUAUGUACUCAUAGUACUUUGCAGGAUUCCAUAUUGCUAAAUGUAGCUGAGAUAUAUUUUCCUUCAAUACAAGUGCAUGCCUCUCAUAAACCAAUAAUGGGAAUUACACACAUUAGAGAAUUCUAGAGAUCCUGACAAAGUUUAAUUGAUGAGUUCAAAUUUGAGGUCCUUCCAUAUACACACACUCCACAUAUAUAAUGCAGCUAGAGUGGCAAGGAAGCCCAUCUGUUCUCUCCAUUGCAUUCCUCCUUCUAACAGGAGACACAUUAAUGCAACAAUAAGCUAUCUGACAAAAUUAAUAGAAUAUGGGCUCUACAAGAGUGCAGUGUAGGGGAGGAAGAGAAAACAGCCAAGGCAAGUUGAGACAAGCGGGUGCGGGGGAGAUGGAGAGAGAGAAGCAUGGAAGGAGACAAAAUGAUGCAACAGUAGCAUGGUCUGAGCAUUGCCUCCAUGUCUCUGUACAAGCACAUUAGCGCUGGAAACCUGGCUGCGCUUUAGGUUAGUUGCAAGGGUUCUCCAUCUUUUUCUUACUGCAAACCCCUUUGUAAGAGAAGAACCCUUCCAUGGCCCCCUCCUCCAUUCUUCCCAACCCCCUAUCACCUGGCUCUCUUAAUAUCUAUCUUAGAAGGCAUCUAUCACCAUGAUAUCAAUGCAUCCAAAAACAAUUAAGAAGCACUGAACAUGCCCCACGAGAGCUUGGAUAUUGCCAGGCUCCCAGCUUCCAAAGUUUUUUUUAAAAAAACAUGGUCUUUUCUCUUUUUGCCUCCUGCUUUUCUCCUCCUAGUUCCCUCGUUGUGGGUUAGGCCCAAGGAAGGUACCACUGUUAAGCUAAGAUGCUCUCAUCACAGCGCAUCUGUCCUGGACAGGUAAUUUUCAGCAGCCUGAUAUUAGCACUUCUGUGAAGUGUAUCCAUGAAGGCAAAAUUCAAGCAGUUCUUUGACAGUUAUAGAAAUCCACAGAGCUCUUUGUUUCUAUCAUGGGAUGCUGUGGCAUUAUUCUUUGAUCAUGAUGCAAUGCCAAUAAAUUUCUACACUUGAUUGAAAUAUAUGUAAAAAAUCAAGUCAUCAAUACUUAAUGCCUGGUGCACUAAAUCAUAGUAAAAUGAGUUUAGGGGAAAGGAGUGGAAUGUACAGUACAUGGCAUAUAAAAAAAGACUCUAUUGGAGAUAUCUAUAUAGAGACAAAUAGAUAUAUUCUGUUCAUGUUCUAGGAACUCCUAGAGCAAUAAUAAGACUUUCCUCACAUGAGAUGCAUACAAUUUCUUUCCAGUGUAUAUUUAUCAUACAUUUCACAGGCCGGCGGCAAUCACAGAUUAGCUGUUAGUACUCCUCACCUUGUUAUCCACAAAACAAACCCAUAUUUAUUUUCCAGGAGUCUGUAUUUAUAGUCCACUUAGUGUAGGCUUUCAUAUGCAACUCCUCUUUGUGCUAUUGCAUUUAUGUACGUAAGUGAUUUUUCUUGUGUCACUUGUUUUAAAGUGGCGGUGGCAUAUUAACCCUGCACAUAAUCUCCAGUGGAAAUUUUCUCUAUUAUUGUGCUACUGUAACAAGGAUGGUGACCAGUAUUUAUAAAAAGAAACAGAUUCUCAUCUCAUUUCCGCUGGUGUAUAUCAGGAGAAUCUCCACUGAGAGGAUAAUCAGACCCAGGCAGUUAAAAUGGUUGCAAAAAGCAUGUAAAUAGUACAAUGGGAAAUGGAUUUUUAAAAAAUUGAUUGAAACUUUGAGGCACUGUCAAGUAGCUUAAGCUGAAACUUUGGAUUUCGUAAAAGGUUUUUUAGUUUGUUUGUUUUACAAAAUUGAAUAUGAACAAUAAUGUUCUGAUAGAAGAUUUUCUGAUUCGAUUCAAUGGAAAUAUUUUUCUCUAAUUUAAAUCAUCCCCUCACAGUUUUGGAAACCCACAGACAUCAGAAUUGUUCUAAUGCAUGAGCAACAGAGAAUGAAACUGACUAUCGCCCCAGGCCUGCAAACACUUAGGUGUGAAUAACUAUAUAUACAUGAGUUAUCCCGCUAAAGUUAAUGGGUUCCUCACAUUAAUGGGCUAAGCAUGUGACUAAGUGUUUGAAGGACUGUGGCCGACAGGCAGAAAAUGAACUUGAACAGCCCAGUGAGUGAAAUGAAUAAAGAAAACAACUGCCACAAAUAGUGAAAAAUAAAUUAUGGUUUUUAAAUGAUUUAGACCAUGAUCCUGCAAGGCAAUUCUUUUGGGCAGACCCCUGAUUGCAAAGGGAGUCUGCAUGGCCAUAAGAAGUGCCUGCACAGAUCAGAUGAAAGGAUCAAGGCAUUAAAUCACAAUUAUGUGUUAUUAGAAACAUAAAUUAAGACA